AUGACCAAGAACGCCUCAGUCUACGAGAAAGCCUUAUCCUUCAAGUGCUCCUCAUUCUCCUCCUCAUCCCCCGUGUCCUCCACAGCCUCAUCCAUCCUGGACGACUCGGAUUUCUAUGAUAUCUCACUCUCCGACGACGACGAGGACGCCUCAGUCUACGAGGACGCCUCAGAAGCCUCUAUGACCAAGAACGCCUCAGUCUACGAGAAAGCCUUAUCCUUCAAGUGCUCCUCAUCCUCCUCCUCAUCCUCCGUGUACUCCACAGCCUCAUCCUCCGUGUACUCCACAGCCUCAUCCAUCCUGGACGACUCGGAUUUCUAUGAUAUCUCACUCUCCGACGACGACGAGGACGCCGCAGUCUACGAGGACGCCUCAGUCUACGGGGACGCCUCAGUCUACGGGGACGCCUCAGUCUACGGGGACGCCUCAGUCUACGGGGACGCCUCAGUCUACGGGGACGCCUUAGUGAGGACAAGGGAGUCAUUAACAGUAAUGACUUUAGCAUUGGUCAUUUACCUCGGACAGCUCGUACACUUGUUGGCUCGGACGAUCCAGGGCACCGCCAGUUCAGAAAACGGCAGCUUCGACUAUGACCAGUCCUGGAUUUGUGCACUGUGA